UUUUUUUGUAACCAUAGCUGGAUGUGUAGAUCGUCACAUGUUGUUUCCCCUCCUCACUCCGAACACCAGGAGACAUGUGUUAUUUACUGCUCAGCUGCGGGAGAAGACGAACGCACAGCCGGCUCUGGAUAUAGAUGACUGAAUAAACCGCGUUGUUUCACUAGCAACUCAAGGAAAGGAAACAUUUGCGUCUCUGUCUGAAGGACGGUAGAAUGGCGAGUCCGCCAAACACGGGAGGACAGCUGUUUUCCAGUAACGCGAACGUUAACAACGGCAGUAUCAAGAAAUGCGGAUAUCUAAAGAAACAAAAGCAUGGACACAAGCGCUUUUUCGUGUUAAAAGAGCCCAGCGAGGGUUUUCCUGCCCGGCUGGAGUACUACGAGAGCGAGAAGAAAUGGAAAAACAAAUCGGCGGCGAAGAGAGUUAUUCCCUUGGACUGCUGUCUCAAUAUCAACAAGAGAGCGGACGCAAAAUACAAAUAUCUUAUUGCCCUUUAUACCAAGGACGAGUAUUUUGCCUUAGCGGCAGAAAACGAACAAGAGCAGGAGAAUUGGUACCGGGUCCUGACGGAUUUAAUGGCCGAGGGGAAAGUGUACGACGGCUCGGCGUCCAACUCCGCAUCCUCACUGGUGGGUUUCGACGAGGCGAGCUACGGCAUGAUAACGCCGGUUUCUGCUGCUUACAAGGAGGUAUGGCAAGUGAAUCUGAAAUCCAAAGGGCUAGGGCAGAGCAGAAAUUUGACCGGGGUGUACAGACUUUGCCUCUCAAGCCGGACUAUCAGCUUCGUCAAGCUCAACUCGGAGGUUGCCUCAGUCAGUUUACAGCUGAUGAAUAUUCGGAGGUGCGGCCACUCUGACAGCUUUUUCUUCAUUGAGGUUGGUCGAUCUGCAUCCACAGGUCCCGGGGAGCUGUGGAUGCAGGCUGAUGACUCUGUGGUGGCGCAAAACAUCCAUGAAACUAUCUUGGAGGCGAUGAAAGCCAUGAAGGAGCUGUCGGAAUUCCGUCCGCGCAGCAAGAGCCAGUCAUCCGGUACAACCCCAAUCUCUGUGCCCACACGGCGGCACCUAAAUAAUCUUCCCCCCAGCCAGACCGGGCUGCCACGCCGGUCACGCACUGAUAGUAUGGCUGCGACAUCUCCCGUGAGCAAAUUUACCUCCUGUCGGAUACGCACGGCCAGUGAGGGAGAUGGCACCAUGACACGCCCCAUGUCAGUGAACGGGAGCCCCCUCAGCCCGGGGGUCCAAAGGACCCUCCUGAGCAGAUCUAAUACUGUUACAGCCCGCCCUUGUCGGACAUUUGAGUCUUCUUCCCUCCAACACAGUAAGUCCAUGUCUAUGCCUGUGUCUCACUCCCCACCCAUGGCCACCCCCAGCCCAGUGAGUCUGUCCUCUUGCACAGAGAGCAGCGCUCCCCGUCCCUCCAGCUGCAGUGCCUCCUUUUCGGGCUCCCCCAGUGAUGCAGGUUUCAUUUCAUGUGAUGAGUACAGCUCCAGCCCUGCUGAUGCACGGGACCUCAGGCUGCCGCUCACCCUCCGCAGCAACACUCCCGAGUCGCUCAACGCUGACACGCCCCCCUCCCGGGAUGGCAGUGACCUCCAUGGCUACAUGGUAAUGGAGCGGCAGAAUCAGAAUGGUUACCGCAGAUUACCAGAACUGGACAAAGCCUAUCGAAAGCGCACAUAUUCCCUCACCACCCCUCGCCAGCCGAGGGGACCCCCACAAGUAUCUUCAGCCUCCCUGGAUGAAUACACUCUAAUGAGGGCCACUUACACCAGCGGGAGCCAGUCUUCUCGCAGGUGUCACACCGCCUCCCCUAAAGGGACCUAUCCUGAGGAUUAUGGGGAUGUCCAGAUCGGCUCUAAUAGUCACAAAGGAGACAGUGGCUACAUGCCCAUGAUGCCAGGUGUGGCAACUCAGAUAGCAGGGGCUAAGGAUGACCCCUAUAUGCCUAUGAGCCCCAUGUGUGUUUCUGCCCCCAAGCAGAUCAUCAACCCCCGGUCACACCCCUCUCCAGCAGGGCUAGCCCCACGCACAGACUCCCCCGGGAGUGUGUCUCUAGAGGACAGUGGCUAUAUGCGCAUGUGGUGCGGAGCCAAGAUGUCAGUGGACAGCACCGACGGGAAGCUCACCAAUGGAGAAUACCUGAAUAUGUCUCCUGUGGACCCUUUGGUGUCUCUCACACCACCGGAAUAUAUCCUCAGUCCUGUGGGAGGAGACCCCCACUCCCAGCCACAUCACAGACAGCCUUACUCUUACAGCUCCCUACCCCGCUCUCUUAAAUGUCAGCCCCAGCGCAGCAGAUCCACAGACACAGACCAGUAUGUGGUGAUGUGUUUACAGAAGCAGCGGAUAGAAGAAGAGUCAAACUACUGUCCUGUCUCCCCUGGAGGCUCUGUGUCUAGCAGCUCCCCAGGGACCCCAGUCACCCCCUCCUCUGCCAUGUCUCCCCUCAGAGUGUCCAGGGUAGAGGGGGGUUUGGUACAUAGGGGAAGGGCAAGCCGGCCCACCCGCCUGGCUCUGGAGUCCCUGAGAACCCUACCCUGUAUGAGUGAACACCCUCUUCCUUCUGAGCCACGCAGCCCAGGAGAGUAUAUCAACAUAGACUUCAGUAAUGCAUCCCACUACCCGCCAGCGUCAACAACAUCAGAGAGCUCUGAGUCCUUGCUGAGUUUAUCGGGCACACAAAGGAGCUCCCCACCACUCUCAGACUAUGUAAAUGUUGACGUCAGCUCCCCGAGUCACCAUGGUACGCACCAAACUGGGGGUUCCCCCUCCGCGGGGCUCCCGAAACACACAACUGGGGUCCCAACCUGCCCAAGUCUGCCAAAUCCACAGCAGGAUAUGCAGGUGGAUGGUUAUCAGGAGGCAGUGGUGGAAGAAGAGAAGAAAAGCACAGAGGGAGAGGAGGAGAAGAGGGGGAUAGUGGAGCAAUACCCUCUCCAACGGCAGGUGAGUCAGUCUGGUGCAGUCAAGGAUGACUACACAGAAAUGACCUUCAGCCCUCCCACCCCUCUGCCUUCUCUCUGCACCACCGACGUUGCCCCCCUCCCCACCAGCCCCUCCGCCUGCAUCCAGAGACUCAGCUUGGGGGGCAAUGUUGUGGAGGCUGUACCCCCUGUGCCAGUGGACUCUUUUCUCUUGGGGGCUCCCUCAUUGUCCAUCCCCUUUGUGGACCCAGACAGAGGGGCGAAGGUGAUCCGAGCUGACCCCCAGGGGCGCAGGCGGCACAGCUCCGAGACCUUCUCCUCCACCACCACUGUCACGCCGGUGUGCCCAUCCUUCGCCCACGACACCAAACGGCACAGCUCUGCCUCUGUGGAGAACGUGUCCCGCCCUGUACGCAACUCUGAGGGAUCCGACGAGGAGUAUGGGAGCAACAGCCCCAUGUGCAGGGAGACAUCAGCGGGUUACCAGAACGGACUCAACUACAUUGCCUUAAACCUGAUGGAGGGAAGCCUUGGGGGAUGCAGCUUAGGAGGCUGCGAGAGACUUCUGAGGUUCAAGACGGCUUCUUGUGCCUGUAAGGGGGGCAUGAAUGGUUUCAGCACUAACCCUUAUGCCAGCCUGGGCUUCAAGGAGACUGCCACUGCUGUGAAAGACUGAAGGUUGAUGGGCCCCCCCCUCCCGCCCCCUGGCUCCCCGCUCCCCGUCCCGCUCCCCCUUCCUUGCUUUCCUGUGAACGUGGGAUUGCGCUGCAGCCUAGUGACGAGGUCGCCACGCCGACAGCUGGACCAUGUGCUGCAGCAGACGACCUCUGACCUCUACCCCCCCUCCAGGGGUCACAGGGACGGCCAUCACCAUGGCAACACAGACACUUGACCCUUCCCCCAAAUCUUCCCUCCCCUUUUGCUCGGCACCCAAACAUUCAGGCGCCAUUGCUGCUGCUGUAUUACAUGACUUAAAAAAAACAAACAAACAAACACUUAAAACGGACUCUAACACUUAGAUAACUAUUUAUCUGUGUACGUAGGCCUACGAAAUUAUUAUUCAUUAUGUUAUUAUGUUAAUUAUUAUUAUUAUUAUUAUUAUUAUUGUUGUUGUUAUCAUUCAUACACUUUCCACUGGUUUUCCUUUGGCUUUAGCCAACAGGGCCAGAUACCCUCACCUUAAAACCUGUGAACCAAACCUGGAGAGCAUGUGUACACACACACACACUAACACUUUCAUGCAUACAGAUUACAUAUAUAUAUUUAUUUAUUUAUCAUGUAUGUAUGCAUGUAGUGAAAUGUGUGUGUGGAUUUGUACAGAUUGUACUGCAAAAAGAGGUGGCAUUUAUGAACAUAUUUAAAGAUCCAAGUAAAUGAUUGCUUAAAAAAAACCCUACCUCACUGCAAAAACCAGGUUAGUACCAAUUCACACAGCAGAAAUAUAUAUAAAAUGAUAUAUUUAUUUUCAGAGGUGAAUGUUUUUGUAAAACCACCAAUCCAAAGCCUUACUCUAGCCAUCAGCCCCCGUCUGAUGGACCUUUUAGUUUGGACCUAUGAACACGCAGUAUAUCAAAGAUUUAUCCGAACGUCACGGAGACCGAAUGUUUGUCAGAGCAGUAGGAGAGACAGUGUCUCUGAGAUUAAAUUUUCUACUGUUCACAUGCUACAUUUACGACAAGAGUAUGUACUAAAGAUCCAGAGUAAUAUAUUUAUUGUUUUGCCUGAGAUGGAGGAGUACUGAUUCAUACACACAAACAGAAAACCAACAGGACUUUUGGAGGGAUGCUUAGCAUUGCAUCGCAUCACGCAUGCAUGUUGAUAUGCACAUGCAAACACUGCAGUAUGAUCCAGUUCCAACCUGACCACUAGAUCUGUGGCCUGUCUGAGUCAAAGCCUUGGCACCUUUUGUACACUUUACCUUUCGACCCAACUCAUCCACUGUUCACCUGUGAUGCCGCACACACGCUGCAGGGAGUUAACGCUCUGUCAGGGCAGGGGACAGCGACAUGGCCGACAGAAUGUCUCGUGAAGUUAAGUUUGGAGUAACUGGGACAGCCCAGAGUCUCCGCUUCAGAGUUUUCUCACCUGAUGCCUCAUUGCUGAGCUGUGUCGCGCCGGCUGAUUGGCCGGUCGCUGCAGCGCUUAAGCGGUGUGGUGAAUUUAUACACAUCACAGUCUGGACUGGUUGUUCAGUGAGCCUUUCAACAGCUUGAAUCCAUGGCCGCCGCUGCCACUCUCCGCUGAGAGAGCGAGAGAGACGGGCGGGACACACCUGAACUGAUGCAUGGUCUUGCACUUACAAAACUCUCUGGAUUGUAACACAAGACACUUUUGAAUGUAGUACAAUGCUGUGUUCCAAGUCUGGGAGCACACGACCACAACACCACAACUACAAAAACCGCUACAACUAUGAAACAUGCAGAGGUACAGAAUGGAAACUGCGAAACACAUACAAACAGAAUAAAAGAAACAAACCAGGAUGAAUAUCUCUUCAAUUAUCUGAGUUCACUGGUACUCGACGUUUGCCUAUAUACUGUACAUAGUGUAAUAUUACAGAGAAUUACAUCGAAGCAAAAGCUGAGAAACUUUGCUGAGACGUUUUAAGUUAAAUAACUUAUGUUGUUUGUACUGUACAUAAUGUGUUUGAGUGAAUUCCCUGAUACAACAAAAGCACUAAUUAAGUUAUAUGCUAAACGACAUGGUUUGGCCUUGAUUUUUUUAACUGUCAUGGGAUAGUCUUGUGAAAUGGAUGCCACUAUGAGGACAUUUUCUAAUGCUGUAAUUCUGAAAAAGAUUUUAAGAGAAAUCAUUAAUUAAUACUUGACAUAGUUAAUUCUUGCUACUUAGGUACAAUACAAAUAGCAUAUAUGCAAUAUUUACACUUUUGAAAAUUAGUUUACAAAGAGGUACCAAAUGUAUAAAUACUAUGUUAAUAAUGUUUGUUAAACCUUUAAAUCAGAUUUUUGCUGUUUGUACAUUUUUUCUGCCAAUUUGAAAUGGAAAGUUUUUCUGUUUGUUUUUGCUAAUCGAGCCUAUUGGUGUUUUGAGCAGUGUUUUGCAUUUGGAUAAUGUUUCAAGUUGAGUUUUUAUUCAGCAUUUAAAGGUUACGACAUGG